GGCUUGAAAGUUCCCCAACAGAAAAGUUGUUUUGGGCGGUGUCGUUUUGUCCACUUUUAUUAUUAAAUGCAAUCUCUUUAAAUAAGAACAAAUUAUUUUUAAAUAUAGAGUGAAUGUCCUUUAAUUCAUCAAUGGCUACCCAUUGCCUGUUAAUCAAAUUGUUUCUUUUCACCUUAUUUGUUCACUCUGGUUUUUCAAUAAAAUGCCACCAGUGUUCUUCAAGCCAAGAUCCAAAGGGGCAGGAUAACUGUGGUGCCUAUAAACUAUUUGACACAAGGAAAAGCAUUCCAGUAGACUGCAACAGCGAUGAAUCUGUCACACCAGGCACAUUUUGUGUCAAAAUCACACAACAGGGCCCCAGAAGUUUUGUUUGGGAUGGACGUUGGAGACAGGUUAUCAGGCGCUGUGCUUCAGUUGCCGACACAGGUGUGACAGGCGUGUGUAACUGGGGAGUGAAAGAAAAUGGUGUUUACUGGGAAGAGUGCUAUUGCGCUCAAGAUGGCUGCAAUGGAGGCAGUCAGAUCUCUACAGCCCUUUCCUCAUUGCUUGUUCCCAUCAUCAUUUCCAUAUUCACAAAACAGUAUGCAUGGUAGUAUCGUCCCAGGCAUAUUUUCUCACUUUAUGCAAAUAUUUCCAUCUUAAUGUUUCAAACAGUGCCUUUUUGGUCUGAUCUGGUAGGUAGUUACCUGUUAGACACCUUUUUUAAAGAAAAAGUACAGCCACUUUUAGUGUUACGUUACCAACACGUAUAUCCGUCCAGCAACAAAAGAUGUGUAACAAAUCCGUCCUUUUUUGCUUUGUUUUUCAUGACAGAGAGCGAGGAAAAGUCGCUUCUUCUGGCAAAUAACUACAUGAUCUUUUUCCUGUGUCUUUUUUACUGGAUACUGCAGGUUUCUAUGUUUAUAUAACGACAUGAUCUUGAAAAUAAUAAAUGAAAAGGGAGCCCCA